CCGGGAGAAAAACAUAACCUUCUUCUCUGCUGUCAUUUUCCCACAACUCAAAAAAAAUAAAUGUAAUUUUCACAAUAAAAAUGUCGAGACAAGAAGGGGACAAUGACUCCAGUGAAAUGCAAAAUUUUAAUGAGGAUAAGGGCAUUAAUUUGAAUACCUAUAGGAAACUCGUAAAAUCCUACAUCGACCUGCAUCUUUACAGUGCGGCUCUCUUCUGGGCUGACAAAGUCUUAUCGUUGAGUAAUGAUGAUCCUAAGGAUGUUUGUACACUGGCACAAUGCAUGUAUCUGAUGAAACAGUACCAUCGGGCUGCCCAUCUCAUCAGGAGUCGAGGAUUAGAAAAGACCGAUCUUAUGUGUCACUAUUUAACCGUUCGAAGUUUGCUGGAAGCGAAAGAGUUCAAUGAAGCACUGCAAGUGAUAAACGAACUGGAAAUUUGCAGUAACAUAUCUCAGUCUGGAGUCAGUUUCAUGGCCCAUCCCAACAUCCUCCAGGACGCGCCAAAGAAUGUGCAAAGCGCGAUUUUAUACGUCAAAGGGAGAGUUUACGAAGCAACUGACAAUAGGACUGUUGCCACAGAUUGCUACAAACAAGCACUACACUGUGAUGUUUAUUCUUAUCAGGCGUUUGAAGCCCUAGUGCAAAAUCAAAUGCUCUCUGCUGCUGAGGAGAGGGAAUUGCUGGAAUCUCUGCCAUUCAACGAGCAAUGUUCAGAAGCUGAUAGAGAACUGUUGAGAUUACUUUAUGAGAGUAAAUUGAAAAAAUAUCAGGAACCUACGGAGGAUGUUUCGUUGGCGUCCUGCAAUGUCAAAGGCGUUCUCAUUAGUGCGAACCUGGAUAUGCAGGUGGCCAAGGCUGAACGAUUAUACUAUAACUGCGAUUAUCAUCAGUGUUUUAAUCUUACGGAGAAGAUUCUGAAGAAAGAUCCGUAUCAUAGCUCUUGUUUGCCAGUUCACAUUGCUUGUUUGGUAGAAUUGAAGAAGACGACGGCGUUAUUUUAUCUCGCACACAAACUCGUCGAUUUAUAUCCCGAUAUGGCUCUCGCUUGGUUCGCUGUUGGUUGUUACUAUUUUGGAAUAGGGAAGAGUGACCAUGCACGGAGAUAUUUGGCGAAGGCAACGGCUCUUGAUCGCUUGUUCGGUCCAGCCUGGCUGGCUUAUGGGCACUCCUUUGCCGUUGAAAAUGAACAUGAUCAGGCAAUGGCUGCGUACUUCAAGGCCUCGCAAUUGAUGAAAGGCUGUCAUUUGCCACUCUUGUACAUCGGCCUGGAGUGCGGUCUGACGAAUAAUCUCAAAUUAGCUGACAAAUUCUUCCAACAGGCACAGACUAUUGCACCCAACGAUCCGUUCGUUAUCCACGAGACUGGAGUGAUAUCCUUCUACAAUAUGGAUUACAAAACAGCAGAAAAACAAUUCAAAGAGGCAAUGAAGAGGAUUCAGAAUGGACUGAAAGACGUGAUUCUACCCAGCAAAUGGGAGGCAUUGCUGAACAACUUGGGACAUACCUGUAGGAAACUAAAAAAAUACGAAGAGGCCCUCGACUAUCAUCAACAGGCUUUAGUACUGAAUCCAUUGAAUCCAUCGACCUAUUCGUCCAUUGGUUUCAUCCACGCGCUAAUUGGAAAUACUCAGGAGGCUGUGGAUGCGUUUCACCGGGCCCUUGGACUCAGGAGAGACGAUACAUUCACGACAACAAUGCUCGGAUAUGUUAUGGAGCAACUUAUUGAUGAAAGUCCCCCCUAUCUCGAUGCUCCAACUGAAAUGCCAAAGUAUAAAUUCUCAGAGGCUCGAGUCCCCCCGCAAGCCGCCGAUAGUUCAGACAAUCAGGCAGCUGGACCUGCUGGAGCUCAGGAUCAAGAAAUCAACAAAUUACGAGUGAAUUUAUUCUCACGUUGGGGCGAAGACUCGGGGAAAAACGAUGAGAACACAACUGAUAAAACUGAAAAUCGAUCUCGAGAUGUUGUGAAUUAUUCCACAGGUGACAUGAGUUCUGAAGUGGAGAUGCUGGAUUCGUCGACAGCUCACAUAGAAUAUAAUUGAGAUGAAUAAAGCGCCUUGAUUUUUUGGUCUAAA